GUGGAAAUUUCCCAUCCAGUGCAGGAAAAACAAUCCCACUGACUGUGUUUUACAGUCGGGGGGAGACACAAGGGAGACGCGUCCGGAGAUUAGGCUACACACAGCUUUACUUGUGAGAUGUGUCUCUCAAUCGGCAGCGGGUAUAGCCUCUAGCCUACAUGUGCCUACAGAUACAUUACAUCCACAUCUGGAUUACUCAUCAUUUUUGGGAGGCUGAUUUACUGUUUCCUGUGGACAACCCGAAAAAUGUCUCAUUCUUUGAAUACUUGAGAAGUGACGACAACUUUCCUCUUUUCGGACUUCACCAUAGGCUACUAAUCGCCGAAGAUAAGGAACGUGGAGGCAGCUUUAUAAAAAAAAAAGAAGACAGAAAUAAUAAUAAAAGGAGAUUACCGGAUUUAACAAUGCAAACAGAUCGAUUUCCCGAUCAGGAUUUGCAAUUUUAAGCGCCAGGCAUGUUUGGAGUCCCUGCAGCGGGGGGAUACAAAGCGAUGUUAUCUGCGGAGAUGCGCUGUUUGCUGAGGAUCGUGUCCGCGGAUGUUGCAGUUCGGUCGGGCUGCACACGGUGCCUUUGGGUGGCUGUGAUUGGACCGGACACGGACUGGGGCUGACUGAUGUUUGUCCGAGAGGAAAUGUUUUGGGGAGGAGAUCAAUAUGAGCUGCUGGCGCAUGCGAGGAGGCGGAAGAUUGGCAGUCUUCACGAGCACACACGUAUUACUACGAGGACGGAGGAAAACGUUCGGGAUUUUUUCUCUUGGAUUUAAAUUCAGAACAGACGCCAAUAACUUCUUACCAUCAGACAUUUAUGUAUAAUUAACGUGAUGCGUUUUUGUCGCCUUUGCAAACUGUUAACAAGAUUGUUACUAAGUUUGUAUCGCUAGUGUUUUGUCCUUUGCACUAAAGUUUUUUUUCCUCUUCUUGGCUAUCAUGCAUGGGACUUUCAUAAUGCAUCGUUUGUCUUAUAAAAUAUAAUUUUUUUUUUGAACUCUUGAGCUCCUCUGAAAAAAUAAUAUCUCACAUGGACCUUUUAAUCUGAAAUAUCAACUGGAAUUAUGGGACAUUACAGCAACAUUUUUAAGGAAGAAAAUAAUCAGUUGCCUAAUUUUUGAAUGCAGUGAAAUGUAUUCACAAAUGCCCGGCAACAUGGCAGUGAACUGGGUUGUGUAUUCAGUUUUUUUACUACCGCUGUUUGCAGUGGGGACAGCUUUCUCGGGGGUCUUCAACGCCACAGAAAGAGACAUUUUUACAGAUGACUUGCUGCCGGUCAAGCUCACACAAGCAAGAGCGACUGAGCAGUGGAAACUCCAGUCUACUGAUUCCCAUCCCAACCUAUAUUUUAACCAAGUGGAUGUGUUGCACUUGAGGCAAAGGUCCUCCACCACCCACAGUCACAUAUUUAAAGUUAUCCGGGCGGCUGCGCUCACCAUGCUGUCUAAUGUCCCCUUUUACAUGCCCCCUGUGAAACAUGCAGAGUUUACAAGCAAGUGGAAUGAGAUUUAUGGGAACAACCUGCCUCCCCUGGCUCUCUACUGCCUGUUGUGCCCAGAGGACUCUGCUGCCCUGCAGUUUCUUAUCAAGUUUAUGGAUAGGAUGACUGAAUAUCCAGACUGGAAGGUAACCAGUGCCCCUAACGACGAGGUCCCCAUGGCACACUCUCUCACUGGGUUUGCCACUGCUUAUGACUUCAUUUACUCCUACCUGGAUGAGCAGCGAAGGGAUGUUUACCUCAAGAAAAUUCGCUCUGAGACAGAGGAGCUGUAUGAGCUCUCAAAGUACAGGGGGUGGGGGAAGCAGUAUCUCCAAAAUCAUCAAACCACUAACAUAUUAGCUGUCCUGACUGGUGCAAUAGUGGUUGGAUCACACGACGACCCAGAGUCAAUGAUCUGGAAGCAAGUGGCAGUGAACUACAUGGAGAAAACUAUGUUUCUCCUAAACCAUGUUGUUGAUGGGUCUCUGGAUGAGGGAGUAGCCUAUGGGAGCUACACAGCCAAGUCCAUCACACAGUAUGUCUUCUUAGCCCAACGCCAUUUCAACAUUGACAACCUGCAAAACAAUUGGCUGCGGGGACACUUCUGGUUUUAUUAUGCCACUCUGUUGCCGGGAUUUCAGAGAACAGUUGGCAUCGCAGACUCCAACUACAACUGGUUUUAUGGGCCGGAGAGCCAGCUUGUUUUCCUCGACACGUUCGUCAUGAGGAACGGGACGGGUAACUGGCUGGCUCAACAGAUUCGAAAGCACCGACCCAAGGAUGGUCCCAUGGGGCAGUCGUCUGCCCAGCGCUGGGCUACACUUCACACAGAAUACAUCUGGUACAACUCCCACCUCACGCCGCAGCCUCCCCACGACUUUGGAAUAGCUAGGAUGCAUAUUUUCUCAAACUGGGGUGUGGUUACCUACGGAGCAGGGCUACCAAACGGCCAGGGUAACACUUUUGUCUCCUUUAAGUCUGGCAAGCUGGGGGGGCGUGCAGUCUAUGACAUUGUCCAUGACAAGCCUUACUCCUGGGUGGAGGGCUGGAACAGCUUUAACCCAGGUCACGAACACCCUGAUCAAAACUCUUUCACAUUUGCUCCAAAUGGACAAGUAUUUGUGUCUGAAGCACUUUAUGGUCCAAAGUACAGCUACCUUAACAAUGUGUUAGUGUUCAGUCCGUCUCCUACCAGCCAGUGUAACAGUCCAUGGGAGGGUCAAUUGGGGGAAUGCGCUAAGUGGCUGCGUUGGACUGAUGAGGGGGUGGGUGAUGCGAGAGGGGAGGUGAUUGUCGCCUCCUCACACAGGGACACCAUGUUUGUGAGUGGGGAAGCGGCGUCGGCUUACUCCCCCGCUAUGAGACUAAAGAGUGUGUACAGAGCUUUAGUUCUGCUAAACUCACAGACUCUGCUGGUGCUUGACCACGUAGAGAAGUGGAGCGAUUCACCUGUAAAGUCCCUCAGUGCUUUUUUCCACAAUCUUGACAUUGACUUUAAAUACGUCCCUUUCAGAUUCAUGGACCGAUAUAAUGGCGCCAUGAUGGACGUGUGGGACGCUCAUUAUAAAAUGUUCUGGUUCGACAGCCAGGGCCACAGCCCUGAUACCAGGAUACAAGAGGCAGAGCAGGCAGCUGAGUUUAAAAAGAGGUGGACUCAGUAUGUCAAUGUCACUUUCCCAAUGACGGGCGCAGUCAGCAGAGUCGCUUACGUCUUGCAUGGGCCAUAUGUCAAAGUGUCCAGCUGUAGAUUUAUGGAUAAUAGCAAAAAUGGAGUGAGACUUUCUUUAACCAUAAAUAACACAGAGAAGAUAGUCUCUAUUGCUACAAACUACAAAGACAUAGGAGCAAGGUCAACUUAUUUAGGAUUCGGAGGUCACUGUAAAGUUGAGGAUGGAUAUCAAAUCACUCGAUAUGGCCUUGGGACUCAACUCAUCCCCAAACAAAUAAGCAGUGAUAAUCAGCUGUUUGACUUUGGCUUCACAGUCAAUGUGAUAGCAGGGGUUGUUCUCUGUGUGGCCAUAGGGUUUUUGACCAUGCAGAGAAAGUUUUAUGUCUGCUUCAGCAGGCUGAUGCGUUACGCUCUCCUCUCUGUGCUCAUUCUGUGGAUAGCCGAGCUGCUGUUUGUGUCCAACAGCUGUGAUGAGCUUCUCUGUGGGGUAAAAUGGAAAGUUGCGGGUGCCAAAAGCGAAGUAAACAAACAAAUCAGACUGUAUGAGCAGCACCGACUCCCCCUGCCCACCGUCGUCAUAACAACCCUUCCCGGAUCGGGAUCGGAAAUACUCAAGCACCUUUUCUACAACAACUCGGACUUUGUUUACAUCAGAGUUCCCACCGAGCACGUUGACAUUCCCGAGACCGAGUUUGAGUUUGACUCCGUGGUCGACGCCUGCGAGUGGUCGAGGUCAGACGCCAUGCGCGGACGGUUUAAGAUUAUUCAGGGCUGGCUGCAUUCGCUGGUCCACAACACCAAGCUGCACUUGCAGAAUAUUCAGCUGGUAGAGGGCAGCAGGUUCAAACAGCCCCAGAGAGUCAGCCCCUCUAGGGACAGAAAGAAAAGAUCUAGGAGGAGAGAGCCGGUGUCUGAGCUGAAGGGAAAGCUGAGAAUAAGUCUAGACAGAGAUGCAGAGUAUGUUAGGGAGAUAAGACGCCAUGUUGCGGAGUACCCCAACGCCCGGGUGGUCCUAAACAUGCGAAGCGGAAGCUGGGCGCUCAAAUUGCCUUUCAUUCAGGAGGUUGUGGGAUCUUCCCUGAGGACAAUCUACAUGGUGAGAGACCCUCGAGCGUGGAUUUAUCUCAUGGUUUAUAACAGCAAACCCAGCCUUUACUCCCUUAAAAAUAUCCCGCAGCACCUUUCCUUGAUAUUCAAGGAGGAUGCUGUCAGUGACGGGUGCCCAACUGCAGCGCCAGAGUUUAAAAUAAUCCAGAGGCUGCUGUCCCGUUCAGAGACAAACCCCAUCCUGAUACUGGCUCAUCUGUGGCUGGCUCACACCGCAGCGGUGCUGAGAGUCAGCGAGAGCGUCCCCGAGGAGUCCUACCUCCGAGUGAGGUUUGAGGACGUGGUCAACUUCCCGCAGGAGACGGCGGAGAGCAUACACACAUUUCUGGGGGUGCCCGUCUCACCCGCAGCCCUCAACCAACUUCUGUUCACCACAUCCACAAACCUGUACAAUCUAAUGUACGAAGGAGACAUUUCACCAGCCAACAUUAACAUGUGGAGACAAAAUAUGCCUCGAAAGGACAUCAGACUAAUAGAGGACGUGUGUGGGAUUGUGAUGAGGAGGCUGGGUUACACCAGGUUUGCCAGUUAACUUUGCUGCUGCUGGUCAGCUGAUAUUGAGCUCGAGUCUUGUUUACUGUAGCUGCCAUCAAGUUUUUUUUUUUUUUUUUUUUUUUUGACCUUAAAUUUUACAAUGUUGAAAAGAAACUGGGUAGCAUUUCUGUCUUUUUCCUGUUUGUUGUGUUGGUUUUGGUGUUGUACAGACUGCAGCAACAGAUGUUUGUGAGGGAGGAAUAUUUUACAUUAAAAUAGGUGGAAAGGCAGCUCAUGUUCUUCUUUUCCCCCCAGCAGCUUUUCACAUUCACUUGUAGCAGUCUUUUAUUGAGUGAUACUUCAGACCAUUGCUGUCUUACAUGCAGAGUUGAAUUUCAGCAUACAUUUUAUUUUAUUUCCGCGUCCGACAGCUCAGUUUUACAGUGAGGAUUGUUUACUGUUUGUCUUAGUAAAAGAUGAGGACAUGAGAGUUUUUCCAAUCCCUAAUCUUUAAUGUCAGAGAGAUGUUAGUGCAAAAUCUAUUAUUACUGGCAUUCACUUUUGUUGAGGGGUGGAUUAAGACUUAUUUACUGGUUUGGAACAGAUACGUUAUGAAGCUCAUUAAGAAGUAAGACUUGUAUUUAGUCUUUAGUAUUCUAGUCUCCUAAUUUGUAGCUUUGGGAGAGAGUUUUCAAAGACUAAUUUGGCUGUCAUUAAUUUAACAUCUGAACUUUGUGUGCUUUUUCCCUUUAAAUCUAAAAAUAAUGCUGCAAUAUAUAAGCUCUUUUGGAAAGCAGAAAAGUGCAUUAGAUUAUAGACCUAUGAAUGGUAUGGACUGUAUUUCCAUUACAUCAGUAGAGGGAUUUUAUUUGAAGCUCAAAGAUGUCACGGUGGGUUGGUGGCUUAGCACUUUUGCAGGGACUCCUUUGAUUGUAUGUGGGAUUCAGUGCAUUUUACAAAGCUAACUUUACUCUAUAUACUCGAUUAGCUUGGAAAUAUAAGACCUCUGAAGAUAUGUGUAGAAGAAAGAAAGUUAGAAGUAUUUAUGGGUUCCAAAGACGCAUAUCCCAAAGGAUCAGGAAUAUGAAUAUGGUUAUUAUAACUCCCUUUGGCAUUUAUUGAAUUAGAUCAGAGGAAAGUGCUUAAUAGGGAUCAAACUGGAAAAAAAACAACAACCUGUCAGCCUUGACACAUUUCUAGUCAAAGCAAUUUCCAAAGCAUCCCCCUCAGCUACUCAUAUUAAUCUGCAAAAUGCCAUAACUGAGGCUCACCCUGUGCUUUAUUGUUGUGCUGUCUUCACUAUAAAGGCCUGGAGGAAAUGCAAGCAGUUUUCAUUUCCUGGUCAAUCAGAUAUCCAAUGGGCUUUUGUCUUGAGAGGGUUCAGCGAGCAGUGGACUGAGCAGCCGAUGAAUAUUAAGUAUAGCUAAAGAAGGGAAAAAAAUAAGAAAGUCUGAGACCAUUUCUACUCUGUGAUUUUAUGCUCUUUGGCCUGGGCAAAAAUAUAUGCUCCUCAGUAACCUUUGAUACCGCUUGCUUAAACAUUUCUGUACUGUAAAUGGAUCACAUGUAAUAUGCAGAUGCUUUACUCAAUUAUCGACUGUCCUCUUGCAUCUGUACGCAAAAAAAAAUCAUAUUGUGCCCAUUUGGAAAUAUCCAUCUUUCCUCAGCUAGAAACAGUCCUGUUUGUUUUCUUCUCUCCCAACACUGAAACCCUCGACUGCCUGAAAAAAACUCCUGUUUGAUGUUUGUGGUCUUUGAAUGUGUAGACUUGGCAGACAUGCUUUCACUUUGGUGUUGCAAUCCUGUUACCAACUCUGUUUUGUAUUUGCUCGUGGGGAUAUGGUUCCUUGCUUCUGUGGCCUUGAAUUACAAUCAUUUUCUUCAUAACGUUUUUCUGUGGGCUCUGGAGCAAGAGGUGGAGAUAAUGUAAAGAAAAUAAUAAAUUCAUAAAUAUAUCGGCAA